AUGGCCAGCCUGCUGAGUGCUGUGAGUGCGCUGAAUUGGCAUGCGCAUCGGCAUGGCAUCCAGCAGAUUGCUGGCAAAGGCUUUGGCCAGCUUUCUUGCAUGUACGACCCAAGUCCUUCAACGUGUGAUAUGUUUUUGAUCUCCAAUAUGUAUUUUCUAUCAUCGUCCCAAUAUCCAAAUGAAAUUCUUUUUGAAAAUUCUCUGACACGAACUAAGGCAGUUCUAACACUAAACAGUUUCGAGAAUGGUGGAGACGGUUCUGCUCCAUCAGAAUGCGACAACCAGUAUCACUCUGACAAUACACCAGUUGUCGCGCUAUCAACUGGAUGGUACAGUGGAGGGAGGAGGUGCCUAAAAAACAUUACAAUAAGUGCAAAUGGCAAAAGCACAGUAGCAAUGGUUGUCGAUGAGCGUGAUUCUACUUCAGGCUGUGAUGAAAAACUUAAUUAUCAGCCUCCAUUCCCAAAUAACAUUAUUGAUGCCUCAAAAGCUAGAAAAGAUGAGAACUUCAGCAUAGGAGCACUUCUUUUUGUUGUAUUCAUUCUUUCUAUUCAUUAUUCGGAGGCUAGACUUCAAGCGUGCAAGCCAAGUGGCGACAUAAUUGGAAAAAAGCCUCCUCCUGGACAAUGUAACCAGGAAAAUGAUUCUGACUGCUGUAAACAGGGGAAGUCGUACCCCACGUACAAAUGUUCACCUCCAGUGUCAGGAAGCACUAAGGCAGUUCUUACCAUUAAUAGUUUCGAAAAGGGUGGAGAUGGAGGUGCGCCAUCAGAAUGUGACAACAAGUACCACUCCGAUAACACACCGGUUGUUGCUCUAUCAACUGGAUGGUACAGUGGAGGGUCAAGGUGCCUUAACAAUAUCACAAUAAGUGCUAAUGGCUUAAGUGUAACUGCUAAGGUUGUUGAUGAAUGUGAUUCUACCAUGGGAUGUGACGACGACCAUGACUAUCAGCCUCCAUGUCCUAAUAACAUUGUUGAUGCCUCCAAGGCUGUCUGGAAAGCCUUAGGAGUGCCUGAAGAUAACUGGGGCGACUUGGAUAUUACUUGGUCUGAUGCCUAG